AUGUCUGAGGUAAUAGAACCACGCCUAGAUAGAACAACCUAUUAUUCUAUAUUAGGCUUGGCUUCGAAUGCUACGUCCUCCGAGGUACAUAAGUCAUACCUGAAACUAGCCAGACUUCUUCAUCCAGAUAAAACAAAAUCUGAUAAGUGUGAAGAGUUAUUCAAAGCUGUAGUGCAUGCACAUUCUAUCCUAACUGAUGAAAACCAAAAACUUCGAUAUGAUCGAGAUUUAAAAAUUAAAGGCCUGCACACUUAUCAACCAAGGGAACACUGUCACAUUUUCAAGACCAAAGUAAAAAACUCUCAUGAGAUGAGCCCGAUAGUCGGGAAAUCAGAGGCACACUCUAGGCAAAAUAAACCCUAUGAACAACAGCCGUACGGUUUUGGAGUAGGUAAGAAAAUGAACGCACCUUCCAAGAGCAAGGUUCCCAUAUUUAAAUCUUUUAAUUUAAAGAGCUAUCAACGAAGUCAUUAUUAUUCGUCAAAAAAGGAGAGAAAACAUGGAAAUCCAGAUAUAGAAGGGAAUGGAGUUUCAAAAAUAAAUGUGAGUAAUAGGAGCUCAAUGGAUACGAACUCUCAGUUUCAAGAAAUAUGGGAAAUGUUAGGUAACAAGGCGAACAAAAGCGAAUCGUAUCGUGAAGAUCCGGAUACGCCUUUGAGAUCAGUAUCCAGUGAUAGUGAAGAAGAGCAUUGUUAUAGAGAGACAUCAAAGUCCAGCAGUCCCGAGGAGGAGCAAAAGGACAACAAAGAAUCGAAAAAGGAAAGAAGAAUGUCGGCCGAAGAGAAAGGGAAAGAAGAAAUGGGAUACAAGCAGUUCAAACUACCCAAGAUCGGUGUUUUUUCUGCUGGUUCUCGUGAAUCAAAUUUGCAAUCGCCUUUCUACAACCAUGAGUAUCGACAUUACUCAAGAAAUAAAUAUGAGUGUAGAAAUCAAUUUCGAAGGUCCGUUUCUCCCAUUAAAGAGAUACCUGCAACUACUAACACCAUUGAAGGAUGGAACAUCUUAAGAGAUAUUGUUGAAAAACUCAAUAUAAGCAAUCUAGAUGAUCGAAAUAAAGAUAUGUAUCGUAACGAUGACAAAAAUGAAAAAAAACACAAUGACAUGAUCGAUAUAGAGAAACUCUCCAUCAGAGAUCCCAAGGGAAUAAAAAGGAGAAAAGGGGACGAUAUAUCUUUAGAAGAGUUGUCUCGAUCUUUGCCAAAAGAAAAGGACUUUUUUGUGAUGAAUGCGAUUAACGAAUCAUUAGAGUCAAUUAGUCUUUUCAAAAAACUUAAGACUACAGAGAAUCACACUCAAAGUGAAACCCUCUCCCAAGCCGAAAGUAAUAAUGUGAAGCCUAAACUAUCGUUGGAACAGUAUGGAAUUACUCCCAAGAUCUUGGAUCUUCAAAUCCCCGAAAUCCCAGAUUUUGGAGCCAUUCUUGAUUUAGAAGCAUUGAAGCUUAAUGUGCAACUGUUCAUUAACCAAUGCAAUAAACUCAAGGAAGAAUUACAUCAAGCAUCAUUACAGCGUCUGAGGGCAGAUAUGCAGUUUGGUGAUAUAUUAACAGAAAGUCAGAAUAUUAUGACUUGGAAAAUAUCCUUGGAAUUUGACAAAAGUCUAAUAGACAAAAUGAACAUCUUACAGAAGAGACAGAUGCAGGUUGUUGAGAUUUUUUCGGGAAUAUGUGAUGGCAGUGUAUAG